AUGGAGGAAGAACAAACCGCCCAGUUAUUCUCGGCGUUUGCACACCUACAACCACAAUCCAUCACAAACGAAGACCUAGCGACUCUCGACGGCUGGUCUAACGAUCAACUCAAGCACGAAGUCAUCCGCCUCCGCCGCAUGAUUGCCAACGUAGGCGGCAUGCCAAACCACGCCCAGGCACACAUCCACACCCAUAACCACCACGUCCAACCGCCACCCGGCCUGGGCAACGUCAACCACUCUGUCGGCGUCGGUGUCGGUCACAGUGCCGGGCAAAUGACAUCUUUACCCCAGGACAUGGGUCUCGACCGCAUGGGGCAGCCACAGGAGCUUCUUCAGCAGCUUCCACCAUACGGCUACGUUCAUUCCAUGUCCCCUGUAAUGGCAGAGCAGCAUACGCCAACCCACUCAAACUCGUCCGUUGAACAUCAUGUACGCAAACGUUCAUACACUGAAGUGCUAUCUCCUGCCGCGGGAGGUACACCAGGAGGACCCGUGCGCGGUAAACGGCCGCCGCGUCACGACACUGGCACUGGCAAGCGUAUCGAACGCCUGCGUCGUGUCGAGUUGCAGCGAGCGAUUCGAACGAAAAUGCGGUGCAUGAUGGGCAUUGGGCCCGAUGACGACCUCCCACAGCCUUCAGAAGGAGAUGUUGGAACGGUGGGGUGGGUCCCGUCAUGGACCGCGGGCGUUGGCGACACACGCAAUUCAGAGUGGCUCGACCAUGUCAUGUCCAGCUUUAUCGGCGAGGCCACGAACUUCCACCAGUGGACCAAAGUUCCCCCAGAGGAUCUUGAGCCAGAAACCGUAAAGGCUGCGGCACGCACCGCGUUCCAGAAUUUUGCCAAACGAUAUCUGGCAGAUGUCGAUCCGAAGCAGGCCAAGAAGCAGCAGAAAUAUGUGAAGAAUAGGAGGCGGUGGGCACGUAAGGAUCUGAAGCAGAAGCGCCGUGCCAAGGCGGCCCAGGACCCUUCGUUUGGUGAGACACACCUUCCUCCGUCAGCUCUUCACAUCGACUACAUGUCGAGUGAGUACUCGAGCCCCGGCGAGGACGCCGAGGAUGAGGACGGCUUGGAGACGCAGCGCAAGAGAUAUUGGAUGGAAAUGCUGCAAACGCGCUCACCGGACGGCAUCAACAGCAAGGGCGGCAAGGGUGGGUGGGCUGAAGGCGUGAGCGAGAAGGUCCUAGAGGUGCGGUCGCCAACAUGGCGCUCGGGACGCCUAGACCACAUCUAUCGCCGCCUCGACACCCUCUCGGCAGCACAGGCUGCCAUGCGCGCGACUCCGGCAGCGCAACAGGCUGCGUCGAGUAAAGCUGGGUCGGGCACUCGGCUGGGUCACGUCGCGCCCUCGCACCAGCGAUUCGCGAUGCCGAGCGAGCUGGCGCGGCGGGGUCAUGCUCCCCGCGAUUUGGGCGAGCCCUGGAUGUGGGCGAGCGGCCAGGUAGGCCUAUGGCCUGAGCCGGGCAUGGACGACUUCAACGGACGGGCGCGAGAUGCCGUGGCCGCAGCCGUGGAGGCUGCACGGCGGGGAGUGAGUGGCGAGGGGGUUGACCCUUGCGGCGUCGAGGCGCUGGUCGAGGGCUGGACGGAUGCUGCAUAG